CGGGAAAUUCCCACUUGACGUUACUUUAGAUGGAGGCCUUAAGACUUUCGGAGUCUGAAAUUAAUUUUUACUUUAAUGCUUUUGAUGAUUGUGAUGUUGACAAAAGUGGGAAACUGCCAUGUAAAUGUGUCAAGGCAUUUCUAUCGCGUUCCGGACUCCCAAGUAUCGUGAUUAAUGAUAUUAUGCAACUGUCAGAUCCUUCUGCUUCAGAAUUAUGGGGAAGAGUCAGUUUUUUUACGGCCUUGAAGUUCAUUGCACUAGCUCAAUGUGGUUUUCCGGUUUCCAGGACUGAGCUAAUGAGAAACAGUAUUAUCAGUCACUAUUAAUUAAUUCUGAAUUUUCAGGGGAAAACCUUCCUUUACCUGUAUUCAAUGAAAGCCUGAUGCCUCCUGCGGAGAAUGAAAUUGGUGAUGGUAACCAUGCUUGUGGUUUAACUAUUUCCGAAAACAGUAGUCUUGGAUCACAUAAACAAUAUAGCGAUUUCAUUUGUCAUGGUGGAUUUGCCGAGAAUCAGGCAAGCGUACCCCGUGACGAUGCGACUAUUAAUGAGACGGAUUUUAGUCAUUUUGCUUGGCCAAAAUGCUAUGGUGAAGAAGAAGGACUUCUAACUGAUGAAUCCACUAAGCAACCUGAUAAUUUCGCUUCUUUUGAUAACGAUAAAAAAUAUUUUCAAAAUUCUGACUGGUAUACUCUAGAUGGUUCAAUACGUAAAAGUGCUGACUGCUCUUCAUCAUCUAGAUCUUCUAGCACUAUUACAUCUCAAGAUUCUAACUUAUCCAAUCGUCUUGCGAAUCCUGUGAGCUUUUCAGCCGAUGGUAAUGAAGAAACGGAGAAGUUGCAUGACGCUGAUGUUUGGGGUUAUCAAGAUUUAUCCGACUGUCAUUCUUCUGAUCCACUGAAGAAAAUCAAACACAGAAUAGGAUCUACUUACCACUCUUCACAGACUAGUGGUUUUCGUUAUUCAAUUCCCAAGGAUAAUGAUCAUUUAUCAAUGAAUAAUUUACAAAUAAAUGAAGUCCAUAGUUGGAAGUUGUCACACAGUCGUAGUUCUUCAUUUCCACUGUCUCAGUAUAAUGGCAGUUAUUACAAUCGCGGUGAAAAACGCAAAGAACGGCGUCGUAAAUGGUUGGAAUCGUUUGCUUUGCAGUCGAAACGAGAAGCUGAAUAUGCAUCGCAGUUUGAUGAAUUGUUUAUAUCUAAAGAUACUGCUACUGGUAAACAGCAGUUAAUGGUAUCACAUGCGGAAGUAACUCAGUUGUUUACAGCUCAGUAUAAAAUCUCACCAGCUGAUUUCGAUCAAAUAUGGUUUAUUGCUGAUAUAAACAGGGACAAUUAUUUAGACAAGUAUGAAUUUUGUUUAGCUAGUCAUCUAGCACAUUUAUUCGGUCGUCGUGAUUUGUCAUUGGAAGACGCUGUUAUAGCAUGUAAACCAUAUAUUCGUAAGAUUAAUAAAAGAUUAGCACAAUCUCAAGUGUACGGUGAUCAUACUGACUAUUUUGACGAUGAACACUUAUGCACUACUGGUUUACUGACUAAUAAUAAAAAACAAUAUUCCAUACUUGAUCACUUUAGUCAGAAAAACCUAAGCAUUUCUGAGUGCUUUUCUCAUUCGGCUAAUAUGGAUUCUAAAUGUGAUGCUUCUGAGACAGAAUCUACAAACUCUUUUUAUAAUUCAUUCGAAAAUUUGUCACAUGUUCCUCCUACAAGAGGCUGUGAAAGUUCAGGUAGAUCUCCCUCUUCUGCUGAUACUGUUGGCAGUGGAUCCGCCUCAUCGUCUUCUUCAUCUUCUGCUUCGCUUUCAUCAUAUUCAUCUUCACAUUCAUCUACUUCGGAGACCGAUUCUAGUCGAUUUGCUCAGAAUACUGCGGAUUCAGUGCAUAUGUCUAGUGAAAAAACCAGCACACAUAAUUCGUAUACUGAUCCUAUUCGCUUGUUAGCAUCCAUCACUGGUCGUCGAACAACAUUCCUAUCUGAAUUACCCAGUAGUCAUCGACGUCGUCUCUUAUCUUCACUUAUCCGUGAAGCCAAAUCUGUGAACCAUACCUUACUUCGCCUGAACAAUGAAAUGCAGUGUGAGCUUGCUGAAUUGAAUGAUCAGCGAGUUAAUUUAAGUGCACAACUUCAGCACUUAGGACUUCAACCAGUACUUUAAGAAAAUGCUUUUCUUUACAAACUCUUAAAUAUAAAUAUAAUUUUUAUUAAAAGCUUAAGGCUACAAGAACUUUCAUAGAUUGAGUACAUCCGUGUUUUUACAAAAUUUAAGUUUGCAUUGCGAACGACUUUUCUUUGAUAUUUCUGAUUUUUGUCGUCUCUGUUGGAAAAAAUAUGUGAUACAUGUAUUAUCUGAUUUGCUCUUUUCGGACUUCAUACAAUUUUCCCCCUUGAUGAACGUCAAUAAAACAAGAAAGACAAAGUGAGCGAGAUAACAUAAUGUUUGAUUUUGUCGAGUUUCUUCUCAAC